AUGGCGAUAAUUAAACCAAAAGAAGAAGAAGAAUCCGAAAUAAAAAUAACGAAGAAGAAGACCGACACCCAGCUUGAUACGAGUCAACUGGUUGUCCUGAGUUUGGUUUGACAGUUCUAGAACCUGAUGAUUGUACACCGUUUCACCUGUGGAGCCAAAAACACUCACCUUUAUGCCCAGCUGAGAAAGGCGUGGGGAAUACAGGCCAUGGCAAGACCCAGCUCAGACUUGGCGGCAUUCAGGGAGAUUUUCUCCAAAUCCAACAACAUCGCCAUCAUCACAGGAGCAGGAGUGAGUGCGGAGAGUGGAGUCCCAACUUUCAGAGGAGCAGGAGGCUACUGGAGAAAAUGGCAAGCACAGGAACUUGCCACUCCAACGGCCUUUGCUCACAAUCCCUCCCGUGUUUGGGAGUUCUACCACUACCGUCGGGAGGUCAUGCUAACCAAGGACCCAAACCCAGCCCAUCUGGCCAUCGCAGAAUGCGAGCAACGUCUUGGCAAGCAGGGCCGAAAAGUUACCAUCAUCACACAGAACAUUGAUGAGUUACAUCGCCGUGCUGGAUCAAAAAACCUGCUGGAAAUCCACGGUAGCUUGUUUAAAACCCGCUGCAUGAUGUGUGGCCACGAGCAGGCCAAUUACAAGAGCCCUAUUUGUGCCGCUUUAGAGGGCAGAGGAGCUCCUGACCCGGAUACUCAAGACGCCCAGAUUCCUGUUGAGCAGCUUCCUCGAUGUGAACAGAGAGGCUGUAAUGGCCUCCUGAGACCGGCUGUGGUUUGGUUUGGAGAGACCCUGGAUGCAGACAUCCUCUCUCAUGCAGAGAAAGCCUUGGACGGCUGUGACCUGUGUCUCGUAGUUGGCACCUCUUCAGUCGUGUAUCCAGCAGCCAUGUUUGCUCCUCAGGUGGCAGCCAGAGGUGUCCCUGUGGCUGAAUUUAACAUGGAGAACACUCCAGCCACUGAGCGCUUCAAGUUCCACUUUCAUGGCCCCUGUGGGACCACCUUACCCCCUGCCCUGGCACGCCACAAAAGUGAGCCAAACUGAAUACUGAACUGUAAUGCCAAAAUGCUGUGACACAAGAUGGUAAUAGGAAGGAGCUGGAGGAGGAUGCAAGGGAGACUUAUGCACAUUCAACAGUGAACUUCACUGAUGAGCAUGGUUUUAAAUAUUGUUUUGUAGCUUUGACUUGUGAAAAUUAUGUAUAUUUAAAUGUCUGGAAAUCAAAAACUUGAAUGCACAGCAAUUUUUCUUACAUGUGUAACAGCAGGUGGCAGUGUUUAGCUGCUGCUGCUGCCUUUUAGAGGUUGUGUGACUGCUAGCUGGGACCUUUGGAUUUUCAUGUGUUCCACUGUGAUGUGUGUUUUUCUUUUUUGAGGUAUUAAAUAAGCCAUAAUUAAUAAAAAAAAUGGCUAAGCUUCUUUAUGUUUGCCUGUGUUUGUGUGCAAAUGAGCUGCAGAAAAAAUCUACAUCCUUAGCUUAAGCACGCAGCCAUAGGAGAUCUCUGUCAAACACAAUGGUUUGAUUCCUAAAGAUUAUAUCUCCCCUGAUAAUUUCCUGCUUGACCUCAACUGACCCUCCACACUCAUAUUAUAGUAUAUAUAUAUGUAGAUGUGUGUGAUCACACAUACAUGCAUAUGUAGGUCUGUAUAUCUGCACUGCAAAACCGAUAAGAAAUGAGUAAA